AUGAAGAAAAACAACUGGACCAACUGCUCAACCGGCAAAGGCAGCUUAAUUUCGGGUGCAUUUACCGUGUACCGUACUAACGAAGCACUCUGCGUUUGUUUACAGGCCCUCUCGCUGACGACACUGUUGGCCGAGGAACCGACCGGUGCAGCGAUCCUGCAAUCUGACCAAACGGCCGACGCAUCCUUGCAGCCGCUGUCCGACCAAAGCGUGGGAGUUGCGGUCGGUUCCUCGGAAGGCAGCGUGAUCCUUGAUGGUCGGCGUCGACGCCGGUUGGUUAGGAAGCGAAAGCGACGACCGUUACAGGACGACUACUGGCCACAGAUACCUUCGGAGGAUGAGGAAUUUGUGUUCGAGCGUCCCACGUCCAGAGGCCGGAAACGGCUUCCGAACGCCGGAACCACCGGUUCGGUUCGGUGGGAAGGAAUUCACAAACCACAAGCGACGGUUCGACCAGGAGUACGAGCUGCGAAUGGAAAUCCGCCGGCACGGGCUAACGAUUGGAUGCACAAUCCUUACACGGAUGCACGAAUCGAUGCGACCGGACAGCCGGUGAUGGCGGAUGUGCGAAGGACACCAACGGGUGGGCCACCGACGGCAACCGGGAAUUUGUCACCUAUUGAUCCGAAUAGGUCGCGACGAAUUACCGGUGCUAGGGUGACGGAACAUCCACCCACCAACGCCAAAGCAUACCGGAAGCCAUACUCGCAGGCACGCCGAAACGAGGAAUUGCAGCUAGCGACCACUGGAGGUGUCUCUGGCGAAGCAGCCAAACCGUCAACGUCCGCAGCCGACCUAAAGGCGCUGUUGAAACAAUCGGAUGGACUCAGUUUGAGUGAGAUACUGCAGCAGCGUAACAUCUCGCUGCAGGACCUCAUCAAGGGCAAGCAGAUGGCAUUGGCCGCGCUCACGCAAAGCCCGCUGGAAGCGACGACAACGACGGUGAUGGCCGCGACGGAUGGUGAAUCGACGUCGACACCAACGACGAUCCUUUCGCCGACACUUGCUUCCAGUGUGCGGUUUCGUCCUAGCAAUGACCCAACAUCCGACACGGGUACGACGACGCUAAUGACGACACUAUCGCCGGCUAACGACCUGCCGACGACUUCCGGUUUGAGUGGGCAUCCGUCGGGCAUCGUGGAGGAUGAGGACACGAGCUCGAAUGCGGUUGUGGACGAGAUUAGUCGUGGUGAGGGUGCUAUCUUUCCGACGGUGGAAAUUCGCCAACUGGCACUCAGGCCGGUCCUUCCGGUGGCCAAGGAUGAGCAGCGGUUGCGCCCGAUCAAGGGUGUUGCGUCAAGGAUACGGCCUGAUCUAAGCAACACGCACAUCCGUACGGAACCAGCCGGAGCGCGUUCAUCGCCGGUGGCCAUUUCCACAACGACAACAACGACGACGUCUACGGCAGUCCCUCCGACGAACUCUCCGCUUGCACUGGUGAUGUCAACGCCACGGGAAAAAUGGACACCAUCAGCGGCACUCGUUGGCCAGCGGCAGAAGCUUCAAAGCGCCACCGGAAAGCAACCACUCACGGGUACGGGACAUAGAUACGGUGUUGUCGGUUUUUCCAGCGGUGAUGGCGUGUCGUCGGAGACCCUUAAAUUGAGCUCGGCUGAGGCUACCUCCAUGUUGCCGGAAGCGGAAGCGAUGGUGGAGUUACAUCAACCAACACGACACCAACAGCAGCACUUAUUGCGAGUGCCAAAGUUGAAACCUCGGAUAGCGAUUAAACCACGGCUGCCGAAUGCUGUGCCACCGACUGCGGCCACUCCCGAACCGUCGAAGGUCCUGACGACCGAUCGUCAGAAUCUGUCCGAUGUUGAGCUUGAACCGGAUGAAGGUGGUUCCGUUGAUGUGACGCCAUCACGGCCAGCGGUAGUGAAACCAACCACCAAACAACAAGGUGGUCGUCGUCAACAGAGGUUGAAUGAGGCUACCGACAACGACGACGAUGAAGGAAGCGAACCUGAACUGAACAUCAUCGAGAAGUUCACUUCGCCAGAAGGCCAAGAGGAUCCGGCUCCCGGAGGUGACUCGGAACAAGCAGCCGUGGACGAUCUGAUCGGGCGCAUCAGCGAACAAACGCAGCGUUCGUUCACGGACAGCCUUGAGGAUCUGUAUCGGGACGUAACCGAAAGCAACCCGUCGUUGUUCAACGAUCUUUCACCGAUCACCAGUGCGGAUGAUCGUCGCGAGCUGCUCGAAUUGAUGGAAGACCGCCGGAUCGGAUCACGGCUUGCUAAAGUGCUCUCCCAGCGCAACAUGACACUCGAGCAGCUGCUCGAACACCGACGGCGUGGUUCAAGCCAACUGCACCUGGCCGAAAUCGCAAACGGGAAGACGAAACCGAUCGACGACAAGAUCGAUAUCGUGACCGCGUUCGAGCACUUCCCGCGGUUUAACAUCGGCAACCUGCGCAGCAUCCGGCCGGACGACAUCAAGCUCGAUUCGCAGGGAUUCAGCUACUUCACGUCGAUCAUCAACAUCCGCCCGUCGGAGGAAGCGUAUAAGGAGGCGCGUGCGCUUCAGGAUCGGCAUCGGGUGCGACCCGCCGGAACCCACCGGAAUGAGGCGCAUUUUUUAGCGAAAGGCGGAUCGAAGGAUAGGCUGCUCGUGCCUUCGAAGAUGUCCGCCGGAACAGGACCCGUGUACGGCAGCAGUAGCAGCAGUAGCAGUAGUGAUGGUUACGACCACCGUGCGGAACGUGACUGGACAAACGAUUUGGGUGGUGAUCUGCUCGAUCUGGAGCUGUCGGGGCACGGAUUUCAGCACCACCGGAGUCCGUCGGUGACGAUCGAGAGUACGUCCGUGCCUAUUGGUGUGCGAUCGGCCAUCGUGGCUAGUUCCGCGAUCGUGGGUGUUUCGCUGGUGAUCUUCAUCGGCAUAUUUGUGGCGUGUCGGUUGCGGCAGAGACGUCGCCAGAAGCUCAACUACACGGAACACUUCAAUAUGGCCAAGGGCCGGGUUCCGAUACUGCACGGUGCUGAGCAGGAACCUCGCAGGAGUUCACCACCAUCGGUGUCCGGACGGUCGAGUAGUCUCGGGGAACAAGUAGUCUUUACAACGCACCGGGCCUUGGCAUCCGGUGAGACGAUGGCCGCAAGUACCAGUGGCCGACAGCGCUCCAUGAUGGACCCAAAUUCGGUGGACGUGCAGGAUUACUUGUGGGAUCGGAAGCCAUUCCAGUAGGUGGCGCGGUUGUGAUAAUGGAGGGUGUUUUUUGGAUCUAAAUAUUUAGAUUGGUCCGGGUCCAGCCGGAUCCUCGGAAGCAUACCCGCCAGCGUUGCGUAUCGAUUGGACAACCGACCAGCAACGGAUGCGACCACGUGGUUGGUGUGACGUGUUAAUGAACGCCAUGACAACGGGCGGUGGUUUCGAAGGGCCGGUG